AUGCGAAAAAUCGAUUAUAGCGGUCUUUGGACGGUUCUACUGCUGAUCGGAGGUCUCCAGGUGGCUCUGGCCCAGUUGGCCAAUGUCUGCUUGGAACAAGAGGAUGGUGCUCGGCUUCCGUUGACCACCCACUGUUCCCGAUUUGUGGUUUGCCAAAGGGGCGAGGUUUCCAUCAUUGGCAGCUGCCCUCGGGGUCUUCACUUCAAUCGGGAGCUCGGCGAGUGUGACUUCCAGUGGCGGGCCAACUGCCUGGGACUUUCGGCCUUUGCCGAAGUGGAUGAUCAGUGCACCUGCGACUGUUGCGCCGAGGAGUGCCAGGAUCCCAUCGAGGACAUCGAUGAGCCAACCACUGCGGUCACCGAGGACUGCGAUCCGGAAACCACCACUGCGGUCACAGAUCCCACGGAUACCACCGAUGCAACGGAUUCGACCACAGAAUACGACGACACCAACAACUCCUCCAAUACCACACCUUCCGGUCCCGGAGUGCUACCGCUGUAUUGCAAGAGUCCUCGCACGGAGUGUGUAAAUCAGCCGACCGGAACCUAUAUCGAUAUGCCCGGCAUCUGCGUCAGCUUUAUCCAGUGCAACGCGGGGUGCUGCGAGGAAUUCCGGUGCCCUUCCGGUUUGUACUUCAAUAAGAAGAUAGACGACUGUGAUUUCUAUUGGAACGUUGACUGCACCAUCACCGCCGAUGAUUCGGGUGAAAUCGAGGGACCCUCGGGGGCCAAGUGCGACGAUCCGGGACUUUGCCGUAAUAUGAAGGACGGAGAGAGGCUGAAGGAUCCCAACUCGAAUGGAUUCUUGGUCUGCCAAUGCCAGUGCCCCAUUGCGAUGCCCUGUUCCGAGGGCCUGGAGUUCAACCCUAAGGUUGGGGUGUGCGAUUGGGUGGGCCAAAAUGCUUCUGCGAGUGUAUCCAUCUCGGUGGAUUGUCCCGAUAACCUGGUCUAUAAUGCCACCUCGAAUGAGUGCGACUAUCCCGCGAACUAUGUGCCCGAGGUGGCCUGCAAUUCCACCAGCCCAGUGUGCCAGAAUCAGCCGGAGGGGGAGCUCUUCCCGGUGGAGGGCAAGUGCAACAUGUUCUACAAGUGCAACUUCAACUGCGCCGUAGAGCAGUACUGUUCGGACAAUCUGAUCUACAAUCCCGAUAAGGAAGAAUGCGAUUAUCCCACGAACUACAAGUGCAAAUGGGAGUACACCCCGCCCAGCGGUCCCAAUGCAGGACCUUCGGGAAUCGCCUGCGAGAGCAAUGGUCGUUGCUUGGGUAAAAGCGAAGGCACUUUCUUCCGGUCCACCACAAAUUGUGGUAACUAUGUCAUCUGCCAGUGUGGAUGUGAAGUUGAGAUGGAGUGUCCCGAUGGAUUGUACUGGGACGAAGUCUUGCAGACCUGCAAUUACGAGUCCCUAGUAAACUGUACUCUUUAAAUAAAGCAAUUCAUU